UGACAAACGAAAUAGUGAUGAUGUUGUACAUUUUGAGGUAAACAGACUUUGGUCAUUUAAUCCUUAUUUCAAGAUCGGGCAGUUGUGUUUCAAUGUGUUGUAGUUCAUUACAAAUAAUGGUUAUCAAAUUGGUGAAUAUUAAGUGAAUAUAAUAAACAAAAACUUACAUCUUUGCCAAUAACGGCGACACAAACAGCCAUUGUUGUGCACAGAAAAUCUUGACAGCACCGGAAGUGGGACCCUAUAGUCAUGGCGUGAUUAUCCCAUCAAAUGUAGACAUUUGGGUGUUUCUUGGCUUCCUCCGCAACAAUGCCAGGGAGCGAUGAGUAUUAUUUGUACGAGACCAAUGAAAAAGGCGAACAAGUUUUGGUGAAGUCUUUGAGAUCUGAGAAGAAAGCGUAUAUUCGUUUUGUGAAUCGUACUUCAAGGCCUGUGUCUGUUUGGUGGCGUGAUUACAACGGGCAUAGACAACACUACGUUAUAAUGCCGCCAAAUUCUUAUUACAACACAGAUACGUAUAUAAGUCACCCAUGGGAGUUUACCGACGCCUGUACACAGGAGCGGUAUGUUAUUAAUAACAAACAAAUAUUCCGGGCGCCAGAAUGUAUAGCUAAUGUGCAGACGAGGACGACUUGGUACAUUACAAUUGGUGUGAGAUCCUUGCUAAGUACCGUAAUGCUGUCGGUGGCUUCGAGACUGAAUAAUGUGGAACACGUAGAUGCGUUAGGACUGCCAAAGAUGCUGGCUAAUGAACUGAAGAGUCUUGUAGAUAAGUUGAGGACACAAGUGGUAAUUAAUCAUGCAAGACGGUAAUAUUAGUGUGUACAUAGUUAUCCAACAGUGGCCAUCUUGAAAAUAUUAUGUGAGAUUAUUAACUAAAAUAAAUUUGUGAAAAAUAUUAAUAUUUCCCUAGACUGACAUGAACAUUUGUAGUGAUUUGAAUUGACUAUACUAUAAGUUUAAAAAUAUAUUUGACAUAAUUUUAAUAGAAAUACUACUUUAUGUUAUUCAACUAGCUAAUUAAAUACCAAUUAAGAUAAUGGUAAUUUGAUUAUUAUUACACAAGUAACAUGACUAAUAACUUGAUUUCUAUUUGUAAUAAGCUGGUUGUGCUCCUCCUGGGUCAAGGAUUAAGAGGUUUAUUCAUGAACAAGUGUUAUGUCAUAUCUUCUCUUUCUAUCUCUCUCAUCUUUCCAUGUUCCCAGUUGCACCCUCUGCCACAAUGCUCAGGUCCUGGUGUCUGCUUACUCAUAUUUUUUCUUACACUUUGUCCAGUUCCCAGCCUCUUCAGUUUUAAUACCAUUCCAUUCCACAUAUCUGGAUAAAUAAAUACAUAACAAAGAUAUAAACAUAGAAAAAAGA